UCUAAGAAAGAGUACCAGAUGGCUGUCCUUCCCAGCGCCCGAAGCUCCGCCAUGCUUGUCCUCCGAAGCGUCCUGACUAGGGCUCUGGCUGCGCGGAAGCUCGCGCCUCAGGUGUGCUCAUCUUUUGCUACGGGCCCAAGACAAUAUGAUGGAACAUUCUAUGAAUUUCGUACUUAUUGCCUUAAGCCCUCAAAGAUGAAUGAGUUUCUGGAAAAUACUAAGAAAAACAUACAUCUUCGGACAGCUCACUCUGAAUUGGUUGGCUUCUGGAGUGUAGAAUUUGGAGGCCAAGUGAAUAAAGUGUUUCAUAUUUGGAAGUAUGAUAAUUUUGCCCAUCGAACUGAAGUUCGGAAAGCUGUGGCCAAGGAUAAGGAAUGGCAACAAUCUCUCACUCCAAAUCUGGGUCUUAUAGAUAAACAAGAGAUAGAGAUUACUUACCUGGUGCCCUGGUGCAAAUUAGAAAAGCCUGCAAAAGAAGGAGUCUACGAACUGGUUAGUUUUCAGAUGAAGCCCGGCGGGCCAGCUCUAUGGGGCGACGCAUUUAAAAGGGCAAUUAAUGCCCAUGUGGAUCUAGGCUACUCAAAACUAAUUGGCGUUUUCCACACAGAAUAUGGAGAACUCAACAGAGUUCACGUUCUUUGGUGGAACGAGAGUGCAGACAGUCGUGCAGCCGGGCGACAUCAGUCUCAUGAGGAUCCCAGGGUUGUGGCAGCUGUUCGGGAGAGUGUCAAUUACCUCGUGUCUCAGCAGAAUAUGCUUCUGAUUCCUACAUCAUUUUCACCUUUGAAAUAGUUUUCCAUUGAAAUACGAAGCGUCGCAUUAACUGCUCUAAGAUGUGUCUGCUAAUGGUGCUUAAAUUCUCCUAAGAAAUUCUCACUUGUAUUUGAAGAAGGUGGUAAGUUAAUCUUUUGUGUCUCUGCACUUCUAAAGCCAGCUCUGUGCUUCCUUCCUGUUCCUCUCCACCCCAGCAAGUAGUUCUGUUCAUUUUCCCCUUGGCAUUUCAGUGUCUGUUACACAUUAGAAACAGUUGCUACUACUUGAUGAUCUUGAUUUUUCACUGGUUUCAGAAUAUCUCUUAUAUUCUGUUUUGACAACCCUUUGCUUUUAUAUUUUAUAUUCAAAUGAUUUUACAUUUUG